UCUCACGAAGGCCCAGCUUGGCCUGGAGCACUCUACUCGCCGCGGCCGCAGCCAUCUCCGCUAGAACCCAAACCCCGCCCCAGGCCUUCCGGCCAACUUCUCCAGUCGGACCAAUCGCCGACCCUCCGGUCUCCGCGAUAGGCUGGUGACGUAAGGGGGCGGAGUAAAGUUUAGCCAAUGCCACACAAGCAUUGGAGGGCACCGGUCGAGUCUUCCUCCAAGUGCUCCGCGAGCGGGCGGGGGCGGAAAGGCUGCGCCACGCAAGGCACUGUGGGUUGGUUCCUGUGGUGCUUUGUGGGGAAGAGUCUGUCGCUCUUGUGUUGUUGUUGUAGCCUCAGUCCUUGCCGACGUUGAAACACCGCGGACGAAAUGCCAGAGCGAGAUAGCGAGCCGUUCUCCAACCCUUUGGCCCCAGAUGGCCACGAUGUGGACGAUCCUCACUCCUUCCACCAAUCAAAACUCACCAAUGAAGACUUCAGGAAACUUCUCAUGACCCCAAGGGCUGCACCUACCUCUGCACCGCCCUCUAAGUCACGUCACCAUGAGAUGCCAAGGGAGUACAAUGAGGAUGAAGACCCAGCUGCACGAAGGAGAAAAAAGAAAAGUUAUUAUGCCAAGCUUCGCCAACAAGAAAUUGAGAGAGAGAGAGAACUAGCAGAGAAGUACCGGGAUCGUGCCAAGGAACGGCGAGAUGGUGUGAACAAAGAUUAUGAGGAAACGGAGCUGAUCAGCACCACAGCUAACUACAGGGCUGUGGGCCCCACUGCUGAGGCGGACAAAUCAGCUGCAGAGAAGAGAAGACAGUUGAUCCAGGAGUCCAAGUUCUUGGGUGGUGACAUGGAACAUACCCAUUUGGUGAAAGGCUUGGAUUUUGCUCUGCUUCAAAAGGUACGAGCUGAGAUUGCCAGCAAAGAGAAAGAGGAGGAAGAACUGAUGGAAAAGCCCCAGAAGGAAACCAAGAAAGAUGAGGAUCCUGAAAAUAAAAUUGAAUUUAAAACACGUUUGGGCCGCAAUGUGUACCGCAUGCUCUUCAAGAGCAAAGCAUAUGAGCGGAAUGAGCUGUUUCUGCCAGGCCGCAUGGCCUAUGUGGUAGACCUGGAUGAUGAGUAUGCUGACACAGACAUCCCCACCACGCUUAUCCGCAGCAAAGCUGAUUGUCCCACCAUGGAGGCCCAGACCACACUGACCACAAAUGACAUUGUCAUCAGCAAGCUCACCCAGAUCCUGUCCUACCUGAGGCAGGGUACCCGCAACAAGAAGCUCAAGAAGAAGGAUAAAGGGAAGCUGGAAGAAAAGAAACCGCCUGAGGCUGACAUGAAUAUAUUCGAAGACAUUGGGGAUUAUGUGCCUUCCACAACCAAGACACCUCGCGACAAGGAGCGGGAGAGAUAUCGGGAACGGGAGCGUGAUCGGGAAAGAGACAGAGACCGUGACAGAGAGCGGGAGCGAGAACGAGAUCGAGAACGGGAGCGGGACCGAGAGAGAGAGGAGGAAAAGAAGAGGCACAGCUAUUUUGAGAAGCCAAAAGUGGACGAUGAGCCCAUGGACAUCGACAAAGGACCUGGGUCUGCCAAGGAGUUGAUCAAGUCGAUCAAUGAAAAGUUUGCUGGGUCUGCUGGCUGGGAAGGCACUGAAUCGCUGAAGAAGCCAGAGGACAAGAAGCAACUGGGAGAUUUCUUUGGCAUGUCCAACAGUUAUGCUGAGUGCUACCCAGCCACGAUGGAUGACAUGGCUGUGGACAGUGACGAGGAGGUGGAUUAUAGCAAAAUGGACCAGGGUAACAAGAAGGGCCCCUUAGGCCGCUGGGACUUUGAUACCCAGGAGGAAUACAGCGAGUAUAUGAACAACAAGGAGGCCUUGCCCAAGGCUGCAUUCCAGUAUGGCAUCAAGAUGUCUGAAGGGCGGAAAACCAGGCGCUUCAAGGAAACCAACGACAAGGCAGAGCUUGAUCGCCAAUGGAAAAAGAUUAGUGCAAUCAUUGAGAAGAGGAAGAAGAUGGAAGCUGAUGGGGUUGAAGUGAAAAGACCAAAAUACUAAUCUCCAGUUCCAACACCAAGAAGAAUCUCCACAAAGAUGUGCUCCCCACUGUUUGCUUUCUACAAUUCCCAAAAAAGUUGCAAGGUGUUUUUGUGAAUGUAUAUAAAAUUUUAUUGUAUAAUCAUUUGGUUCCAUUAAAAUGGUUAACCUGCUGA